ACUCUCCCCUGUGCUGGUCAGGGCCCCCACAGGGUUGUUGGGUGGGGUCCGGGAUGUGGAGGGACAGAGGCAGGGACUGAGUCAGGGCAUGGCUGGGAACCCCCCAGGUGUGCGAUGUGUGUGCAAACACGUGUAUGUGCAUGAGAUUGUACAAGUGUGGGUGAGUCUGAGUGAGACAGGCAGGGAAUAGCUGGGCAUGUCAUUUCUCCAGGUGUCAAUGUGUGCAAAUAUUUGGCUUCUAAUGGAGGGAUUAGAUACAGUUGCUUGAUGUGUGGCCAUGUAACGCUUGCAGCGAGAUUGCAGGUGUGUCUGUGACUGUAACACCUUGGACUUCUGAUGGGGGAGUGCCGUUCUGUGUGAGAGUGUGACCCAGUGGGUGAGUGGGUGAUGGGUUGUGAAUGUUGACAGUGUUUGUUCGGAUGUUAGGGGCAGCAUGUGUGAGAAUUUGAGCGCGUGGGAGGGUCAUAAAAGCUGGGACCAUUUGGCGGGUGGCUGAAGGGGGUUGCCUGGACACGGUGUUUCACAUUCCUGGAGUCCCAGGGGACUUAUAUUCAGAGUGGAUGCCUGAGAUUCCACGACCAUGUGGAUGUGUGAGCGUGGGAAUGCGGCAUAGUCCAAUCAGGGAUUAACCAUAUGGACAGGCACCUUCCUGGACUCCAAAUGGUGGCCACCAUGAGGGACCUGGGGAAGAAGGAGACACUGGAGGCAGCUGCUGGGGAAGCUCUGGGGCAGACCCUCACCGUGGCCCAGCUGGACGUGUGCAGUGAUGAGUCGGUGGCCCAGUGUCUCAGCUGUAUCCAGGGAGAAGUGGACGUGUUGGUGAAUAAUGCUGGAAUGGGCCUGGUGGGGCCCCUGGAGGGGCUCAGCCUUGCUGCCAUGCAGAAUGUCUUUGACACCAACUUUUUCGGAGCUGUCCGUCUCGUCAAAGCUGUGCUUCCAGGCAUGAAGAGGAGGCGGCAGGGCCACAUCGUGGUGAUCAGCAGCGUCAUGGGCCUUCAGGGUGUCAUCUUCAACGAUGUCUAUGCAGCCUCCAAGUUCGCCCUGGAGGGAUUCUUCGAAAGCUUGGCUAUCCAGCUGCUGCAGUUCAACAUCUUCAUCUCCCUGGUGGAGCCAGGCCCCGUGGUCACCGAGUUUGAGGGGAAGCUUCUGGCGCAGGUUUCUACGGCUGAGUUCCCAGGCACUGAUCCUGAGACCCUGCACUACUUCUGGGACCUCUAUCUCCCAGCCUCCAGGGAGCUGUUUCGCUCCGUGGGACAGAGCCCACAGGACGUGGUUCAGGCCAUUGUCAACGUCAUCAGCUCGGCUCGACCACCCCUGCGCCGACAGACCAACAUCCGCUACUCCCCGCUGAUCAUGCUCAAAACCGUGGACUCCUCCGGCAGCCUGUAUGUGCGAACGACCCACCGCCUCCUCUUCCGCUGUCCACGCCUCCUCAACCUCGGCCUUCAAUGUCUGUCCUGCGGCUGCCUCCCAACCCGGGUGCGCCCAAGAUGAGCAGAACAGAGCUUCACGAUCCCCAUCCCUGAACAACCAGACCUCUUCAUUCCACAUCUAAUUCAAAGGAUGAACAGACUCUUCAUUCAUUCAUUCUGCAAACUCCCCCUCCCCUGCUCUGUGCCUGGACAUGGCUAGAAUCCCAGAAGGGCCUCAAUUUUCAGGCAUAGACUCCUCUGUGGUCACAGCUGGAGCAGAGAGAGGGACCCUGGGAACUUGGCCUGGGAAGCCCAGAGCAGGAAGCCGCAGCUGUCUCUGGGAAAGCAAGGGAAGCUUCCUGGAGGAAGGGGCAUUGUUAUGAGCCUUGAAGGAAGAGACAGACUCUGCUACAUUCAACCUCGUGACUUCAUGAUCCUGGGCCUGAGAAUACAGGAAUGAUUCAUAGCCCACCCCCCAGCUCCAUGCAUACACCAGAGCUCUGUGGACCAAGGGGACAUUCCUGGUCACACACUCCAUCAGCAAAAUGUAUUUGAGCACACACCAGCAAUGUAUGUAUGUUUUUUCCAUUAAAUAUAUAUUUAUAACCACAA